AUGAUUAGUAGAUAUCACAAAUAUUUCGGCAUCCAUAUUUUUUCUCAAAAUAUUAAUUUGAUAGGCAGGGUGGACAAAUAUAGUUUGUUGGUUCUCCAUAAUAACAAAUUCUACAUUAACUGUAAUUAUCUCCUAAACAUGAUUUACAUAAAUAAUAACAUCCAUAUGGAUCUGAAAUAUAUAUAUUUCUAAUUGAAACUUAUCCAUCAUUUAAAUUUGAUGAUGUAAACUUUAGAUUUCCAUGAGCUAAAAAUGGAAUUUAAAAUGUAAAAUUAAGAGUUUUGA